CAUUGUCCAUAUAAAAAACUUGAAGGGUUUUUACAGCAGUUGCAUGAACUGCGAUAUGAGAAAAUUCGGGCAGCAUUAUGGCAGAGCUAGAUGUUGCUACUCGACGACGUCAGGUCGAGAUUCUGCAGUGUAUGGUUUCCCAAGACGAAGACGAAAUCAUAUGGAAGUUGUCAGCUAAUAAAGACAUCAUGAAACAGAAUAUUGGAUUCGAUUACGAGAGUCGUAACAGGAUGUGCAUCUGUGGACAGAUGUUUGAGAAAUUACGUCAUAAUAACCACGUGUUUCAUGUGGAGAAGAUGUCGGUGUGGGUGUUGGAGGGGCGCUGUCCACACGUGGAACAGACGGCAGAGUCCACCCCACAGCACGCAUCUACAACAUUCCUCCUCUCUGCCUGCGCGCUGGGAAAGUUAAGAGUGAUUAAAUUUUUAGUUCAUGAACACGAUUGUACUUUGAAUGAACCUACACGAGCAACACUCUUUGCUCCAAUACAUUUUGCAAUCUACAACAAAGACGUCGAACUGUUUAAAUUCCUUACAUCGAAGAAAGUUAAUAUAAACGUUUGCUGCAGGGGAGAAGAGAGAUACUCGGCUUUAAUGCUAGCUGUACUAGAGAAUGCAGAAGAAAUAGUACAGAUGCUACUGAAAAUGGAAUCGCUGCAAAAGAACUUUGUUAACUCGUACCAGAAAGGAGCUCUGUGUUGUGCAGUAGAAAUGAACAAUAAGAGAAUGGUCCAACUGUUGACUGAUAAUGGUGUCAUGGCUACCCCAGGUACUCUUUAUCGGGCAGAUAUUUAUGGCGAUGACGACAUCACAGAGCGUAUACUGCAGACACGAGAGGCCGACUUUUAUACUCCACAGCAGCAACAUACCCUUAUCUACUCUGCUGUUGUGAAAGGUAAAGCGACAUCUCUGAACUUGCUUUUACAAUAUGGCUUCCAACUGAACCACCGCCCGGAUUAUCUCUGUCCAGUGGAAGAAGAUCCAUUAUUCCACGCCACCUUACAAAAUAAUCCCGAAAUGAUUAACAUUCUAUUAGCGCAUAAAGCAGACAUCAGCAGAAAAAUAUAUGGCACCACCUCUUAUGAUUUAGCUAGAAUAUUAGAUUUAAAGGAGGUGUGUGUGAUCUUAGAAAAUGAAUUGCACAGAAGAUGUCUUCCCGUUAAAUCCGAACUUCAGAAUAAUGCUAGUCCCUAUAUGACCAUAUUAACUCUAGCAGGAGUAAACAAGAAAGAAUUUGUCUCUAAGCUUGUUUCUAAAGGUCUUGAUAUCAAUGCCAAUGAUGAUGGCGGGUUUACCCCUUUGCAUGAAUCCAUAAAUCAUGAAGACGAAGCCAUGGUGAAGCACUUGCUGCGGUGUGGCGCGGAUCCUAACCGACAAAGCGCUGAACCAGGUUAUAUGACGCCUCUUCACAUCGCCAUUAUAAAAGGCAAUCUCAAUCUAGUUAAAAUGCUGCUGAGUUUGAAUGUGAAGAUGGAGGUGGUUCGUCCAGUCCUCGUCUUGUGGGGAACAGAUACGUACUACACCGAUUGGAUCGUGGACCCCAAACUGAUGCCGCGUCACCGCUCUUCUCUGUGUGACGCCGUCUGUAGGAAUUUCGUAACCAUCGCUCUCUUUCUGUUGGAUGCUGGCAAUAGUAUAGCCGAAGAAGACCCAGAGAGUGUUAAAUUUAUGAUCAAAUAUACGCGAAGUGACGUCAUUCGCAGACGACUAUUGGAUCAUAUGCAGACUCCUCGAAAUUUGGGUGAGCUGUGUAGGAAUUACCUCAGACGAAUGCAUAGGAAUGAUAUACAAGAGUUUGUGGCGUCUCAAGAACUUCCCCAAUCUCUGAAACAGUCGUUACUGCUGCAAGACGAUAUCGAGCCUUCCCUGUUUGUCCAAAGAAAUAAACAAUGUACCUUAUCAGGACAAUUCAUCACAGAGAUGUUUAACAGACCAGUCUGUGUGCAACGAGUCAUGGAAGUGUACAAAUGCGUGUGGCUUACCAUAGUGUUACUGGGGAUUAGCCAUGGACUCCAAACUAGCGAGGACCCCAGGAAACCGCAACAAACACCAGAAGACCAGUGUGUGAUUAGUCUAAGAGACCCGACAUUCGCCAAGUUCUUAGACGACCCCAAAAUCGUUUUAUCCGAGUUUACCUUUGAGUUGUUUAAUUAUUCUGUAAAUCCACUAAGGACGGAUAUGACGUCAAACUAUAAGCCAUGGCGCUGGCAUCGAACACGCACGCAGCACGGACGUACACUGCUGAUGUUGUCCUUUCAUUACGAUGUCUUGUCCAUGUCCAUCUUGACCAUUGGUGUUGAACAUCACGAUGUUGUUUUGAUGGAUCGCCCAUUUGGUUGUUUUCAAAACAUAACGGCCCUGGAAAGGGUCGCUUUGAUACGGGAUUUAAUUCUGGACAACUUUCGAUUAGAAGAAAAAUCUAGUUCGCAGAUCCAAUUUGAAACACGUAUAGAAAGAACGGUUUACGUCUGUAAUGAGGUCGUGCUGAACAGUAAUGGCUACGCGGAAUUCAUCAAUCGUUGUUGUGGACAGAACCCUGAUAACAGUAUAACCUGCACUGACCAGGUUCAGCAGGGCUGGAUUCUGCUCCUGUAUAUAUGUAUUACGUUUGUGAAGCUGAUUGUAUUUUGCUUCGCUCCGUUAAUUAUGCCCACUCAGAUGUACAACGCUUCUUACGUGGCAUCCGAGUACGCGGUAAAACUUUCCAAGGAGCUCAAGCUCAAACUGUUUGUGACUGAGAGCACUCAGACUUCCGUGAGAUACAAGAAGAGACUCACGCUGGAGGAUAUCGCCGAUUGGAGACGUUUCCGAGAGAAGCUAGAAACGUGUCCAAUGGAUGAAAUUGUUCCGAUCACAGUCCCCGAACUAAGACUCAAAGUAAAAGGAAAGCGGAUCAUUCCUGACAACGAUCCGCCCACCGGAGUGUUCAGGACGCUGUAUGACAAUCUGAUCCGCUGUAAGAUCAAAAGGCUGGAUCCGUUCACUCAGUGUUGUGACAUGAGCGUGUACGCGUCACUGGAACCCAUGAUAAAGAACAAGUGCACGUGGCACAUGUGCGUGCAGACGUUAGUCAAAGUGCUGUUGUUGUUGCUGGUUCCACUUCCGUUUUAUGUGCGUGUGUUCAUUUAUUAUUUCUUUGAGGAGGACGAGGUAUUGUAUCGAAAGAAAGUAAUCAGCCACUUAGAUCUGAAGCAAGAGUUUGAUUUUUAUAGAGGAAAUAUCAUUCAGUAUUUUUCUCCGACCCAUGGGGUUUUUAUUGCUACUUACGUGUUCUAUUUUCUUUCGGGGGUAAUUCUGGGCUUUGCCGAUGAAUCAGUGAGAGACAAACUGAAGUCCAUUUCCAGAGAUUCUUUACAAGACAUGGCCAAUGUGUCACGGACAAGUGUGCUACAGGUGAUGCUACGUGUUGGUUUGUGGCCUUUCAAGAAGUGUGGCCUCAUAGCAAUUAUACUGGCACCAUUUUAUUCGUUUGUUGCUGCACCUAUAUGUGGAAUUAUUUUUUCUCUGUACUGUAUACCUACAAUUUACUUAUCAUACAGAUUAUUAUUUCAUGCCAGAAAGAAAUUUAAUGGGGAUGAUUACGAAUCGGACCCGGACAAACCCAUCAGCAAGAAGAAAGAGAAAAUUUUAAAGGUCCAGAAGAAAUUAUCUAAAAUUGACAAGAGUGUUCACAGCCGCCAGGUAACUUUGGAAGAAAAUAACAAUCACGCCAUGACGUGGGGGUACGGGAAGUUGAAUGCUGUCCGGCGAUUCCUUGUUCAGUGGAUCGUGGGGCUGUUCUGUCUGGCUGUCCUGUACGCCAUCAUCCUGAUCAUCGUGGAGGCGGUGGGUUUGAUUGUAGAGGUCAUGGCCUUCACCAUGAUGGGGAUCAUCAUCAACGCCGGAAGUACGCUCCGAUACGUCUCCAUGGCGCUUCUCGUGAUUGUGUACAUGCACGACUGCUACAGCAACGUGUACGAGAGUUAUCUGACGUUUGAUAAGAGUGUUGUGGAAGAUAUAAUGGAUCGCGUGGAAGAUCUCAAAACCGUAGCCAGUCUUCCCUCUAAUAUGCAAGAAAAUGUUGCGUUUCAGGUAAAACCCGUCGAAGCAGUGGAUGAAAUUCCAACUACUUUGACAUUUGAGAAGAAAGACCCUUCAUGGAAGAUUGGUCACCUCUUGUUAUUCUUGGAUUCUUUCGAUACUCCCAGAAUUCCAUUAAGACUCUUCCAGAAGGUUUGUGAAAUCCGAGUGCAUGGUGCUCCGGGUCCGGUGUAUAUAAAUCUUCUACGCGCCACCGGCAAAUUUCUCAUCAUCGUCAUCUUUCUUUUCUUUGUAAUGAUUGUCGUGAUGGCGUUUGGAAAUGUCCAUCAAGUUUCCUCUACCAAUCAGACACUAGCAACUCUGGCGGGAGGCUUUGUGCCGAUGCUUUUAAAAAAUGUGCUUCCAAGGAAGUCGGUUAAACUAAAUUUGAAGACUUUGAGUUUCAAAGGGCAAAUUGAUGAAAUAAUAUGCGACUUUAAACAAAACUGGCCAAUUUAUGACUUUGUUUUCAGGCGGGAGGACGAAGAUGAACCUGAAUCGCCUGAAGACGUAGACGAAGCGAGCAAGGAAAGGAAACAGAGUUUGGGAAAUGUACUGGACGACGUGGAGGGACAGAACGCAGAUGACAAGGGGAAAGAGAAAACCGUCAACGAUAAGUUAGAAAAGUACAUGAAGGAAGGUAUUGAGAAAAAGUUAUACACCGAAAAACGCCAGAAAGAGCAAAAUGGAACUUUAAAAGACGCUAGUGAAAGUACGGGAGGAAAGAACACUCUCGGUGUGGAUAUGUUUUCCAGCCGACUGUCGUUAGUGGAUGAAAACUUUGUGGACAUUUUUAUAGAUCUGAGCGUAGCUGAUACAUCCAUUCCUUGGCAGAUCUACGGCUCGGCGGAAAGUCUGCAGUCAGCUUCCAUGUUACCACCGGAGUAUGAGAUGGAACUCCAAGCUCCCCCCUCUUAUCCCGAUGUCAAAGUCACCAUUCCCGAAAUUAAAGUAGAUGCUUACUCAUAGGACCAAAUACUUCACAAAAAUGGAAUUUCCAAAAGUCAUUAAAUUAUUUUAAUUUUCUUACCGAAAUAUUUGCGGUUUAUUAUGCAAUACAUCAUGUAUUUUAGUACCACCAUGAGUUGACACUGUAUGAGUAUUUAAAUUCCCCAAAAUAAAGGUUGAUGGAUUCGGAAAAAUCAUCUAAUAGAUGAUAGAAAUGUUUUAAAAUAUUUCUAAAUCUGUGUAGGUUAAAUCCAAUGUCUUAAUCAUUGAUGUGAAUCGUAUGUUGAACUUGCUUUUCAUUCAUGCUGUAUAAAUCCGGGUUCAAAAAAUGGAAUUAUCAUAACCAUAUUGCCCAAUUUCGCUUGAACUUGUCAGAUAUAAAAAACGUGUUUUUUUAAUGCAGGAUCGUUUUUAGGAUUGGGGGGGGGUCUUAGAGGAAUAUCUCUCCUCCCAGUCCGAGUUUUUGUCUUGGUGCCAAUUUUGUAUAUAUUGGUACAUUCUUUAUUUUUUAAUACAGCUGAACAAAAUAAAGUACUAUUUCUUAAAAAUAUGUCUUGUGAAUUUUUUGUGCUUCAAAUUUACUUCUCCCCUGUUCUAAUGGUCUUGAAUAGUAAGUGAUAAAUGAAAUACAUGUACAUAUACAGAAUUCUUAUACCUUUACCAUGUACUUGUACAUCUGUUAGUAUAUGUAUUUUACAAAAAUAUAAAUUUCUUUAAAAUUGUAACCAUGC